AUGUCGACUACACACGCCUUUGAAUACAGCAGGAGUAGCAAAGCAAAAUGUCACGGCCCGCCUCCAUGCAAAGGGUCGCCGAUUGACUUGGGAGCGCUGCGGUACGGGCAGGUGAACUUCGGACCCUACGGAGAGACAGUAGAGUGGCGACAUUGGGGCUGCGUUACACCCGACAUUCUGCAGAGACUUUCAUCUGUUCAGCUCGAGCGCGUCCCAGGAUUCGUGAGCCUACGGCAGGAGGACCAGUCGAAAAUACGUCUGGCCGUGGGUCUCCGUCGCCUAGACCCCGCGGAUGUAACCGAAACCGCCAAAUUCAGAGAGCCGACCUUUAUUCAGCCCUUGAUAUCAAAUGUAUCAUCCCCGCCGGGUUCUAGUCAGACAUUGACUACUACAGCAAGUGCAUCUACAACGGGCCCAAGUCAGAAGAAGAGGAAGGCCGCCUUCGAGGCUGCUAUGGGCGCAUCGCAGCCAUCCAGACCACAGCCCAGUGCGAGUCGACGAAUCGCAAGUCAACCACCCGCGAGUCAACCACCCGCGAGUCAGCCCCUCCGCCGUCUCUCAGACCGGUUUGAAGAGGAACAGAACAACGAGGUCAUUGAUGUCGACGACGCGCAAGAUGAGCUGUACUGUAUGCUCAAGGUCCCCGUUGUCGGUCUGCAGUACUAUAAAGGUCUUGUCGGCGCCGGUGAAGAAGUGCGGCUUAUCCGAGAGCCGGGAAACGCAUUCGACAAAAAUGCGAUUCAAGCGAAGAACAUCGGGGGCACUCAGGUCGGCCAUGUCAAGAGAGAGUUUGCAGCCAGGCUUGCCCCGCUGCUUGACAAGGGCCUGAUCACCAUUGAAGGUGUCAUGCAAGAAGGGAAUCUCAAGGGCAAGCAUUUUCAGUUGGACAUGACACUCAAGAUAUAUGGUUCCGGGAACCAGAGAGCGACGCUUGAACCGAAACUCAUAUGGGCGACACCGGGUCAGCGUGGGUUCGCUGCAAGAAAUGGCACAAGCACCCAGGUUCCAGGCGCUUCGGCGAGAGCUGUAGGCAUGCCCUCAGCAUCACAGUCGGCCGUAGGCGCAGGCCGAUACGCCGGGUCGUAUGGUGCGCAAGGUACGCAUGGUGGGUAUGGUGCAUACGGCGGGUCCAGUGGAGGAUACGGCGGGCGUGGCGGGUACCCGGUGGCGGCAACGCAGUCAAGUUCUGGGCAUCCUGCAAGCCAAAUGACCGCUCAACAACUUGCCGCCCGUGAGGAGGCUGCGCGCAAACAAGCAGAGGAGAUGGCGAAAUCGGCAGAGCUCCGCCAGAUUCUGGACAAUUUGACGAAAGUCGACGAUGAAAAUCGGCGGAGCUCGUUGUUGGAUACUCUGUGCGCCGUGGCCGAUGUGCUUGAGAUGCCAGAACAUCCGAGCCCGCCGAGCAUCACAAGCGGCGACUUGAAAGUGAACUUGUUGAAGCACCAGAGUCAAGCGUUGCAGUGGUGCGUGGAGCAUGAAUACCCUGUCUUGCCGAAGAAGGAAACGGACAAGCCAGUGCAAUUCUGGAAGUACACGAAAACCAAUGGUAAACCCAUUUACUACAAUCUUGCUACGAAAACUCCGCAGAGCGUACCGCCGUUGCUUGGUCGUGGUGCCCUGUGCGCUGAUAGCAUGGGUUUAGGCAAAACACUAACUAUGCUGGCACUCAUUUUGGCCACGAAAUCUGAUAUACCCCCGGAUUUCUCGAGGACAACACUCAUUGUUGUUCCAUUGUCGAUCUUGUCUAAUUGGGAGAAGCAAAUCGAAGACCAUGUCCAGCCUGGGGCCCUAACGUCGUGUGUGUAUUACGGCGCCACACGUUCAAUGACGCCGGAGGAUCUGAAGAAGUACGACGUUGUUAUCACCACCUAUCAGACUGUCACGAAGGAGCACGGAGAUACGCUCGUGACCGCUGGUGGCGAAGGGGCCACCAAGAAGAAAAAGAUCGAAGGCAGCUUGUUUCAGUUGUCUUGGAAGCGUGUCAUUUUGGAUGAAGGCCACAACAUCCGCAAUCCUCGGACAAAGAUGGCAAAGGCUGUAUGCGCACUCGAAGCUCAACGUCGGUGGAUUCUCACAGGAACACCGAUUAUCAACUCUCCUAAGGACCUUGGAUCUAUCCUCACCUUCCUACGGAUUUGCCAUCCGCUGGGCAAUGAGGAUAUGUACAAGCGCCUGAUUCUGCGACCGUUGAAGGAUGGCGAACAGAGUGGUGCGGAACUGCUGAAAAUGCAAGACAAGGACGGCAAACCCCUAGUUCCCCUACCACCCCUCGAUAUCACUGUCAUGCCGGUCACUAUCACUGGCAAGGCGAGGGACUUGUACGAUGCCGUCGAAGAGCUCUCCGGUGACCGCAUCAACAAUCUUGUGGAUAGGCACGGCCAGAACUCCGCGGUUGUCACCUCGAAUAUUCUGUCGCUCCUCACGCGCUUGCGUCAGAUAGCCCUACAUCCUGGACUUGUGCCACGGAAUUAUUUGGAACAACUGCGUCUCGCAGAGGCACAGGAGGAUGCCCCCGCGCGGCAGCUUAGUGCCGAGGAUAAGAUCCGAUUGCAAGCCUUGCUAGCACAGGGUAUAGAGGACAACGAAGAAUGUCCUAUCUGCUUCGACAUACUCAGGGAUCCGAGGAUCACUAGCUGUGCACAUAUGUUCUGCUUGGAGUGCAUAUCCACCGUGAUUACGCGGGAUCAAAAAUGCCCAAUGGACCGCCGUCCCUUGACAAUCGGAGAUCUCCUGGAGCCUCCUCCACCAACCGAACUAACUCAAGCACCUAUUCCGCAAGAUGAUGACGACGACGAAGAUAUGGACGACCUCCGGUCGGGCUCCUCCGCGAAGAUCGACCAAUUGAUCCAUCUGUUGCAGCUCACCCCCGAUACGGAGAAGUCACUCGUCUUCUCCCAGUUCACGUCGUUCCUGGACAAGAUAGCAGAGGGAUUGGAGAGAGCAGGAAUCCCGUACAUUCGCUUCGACGGUAAGAUGUCCGCUCGGCGACGGCAAGAAGCCAUCGCACGUUUCUCUGUUCCGCUCGACGGCCCCAGCCCUGCGUCAAUCGUCACCACGGAAGCUCCGCUCUCGACCCAAGAAACAGCUGCCGUACCCGCACGCCGCCGUACGCGGAAGACUGCGACGAACGCCUACAUGGAAGGCGACGCAGCCAUGGGCGACGAUGGCCAAGACGCUGAUUACACCUUCGUCGAUAACGGCGACGACGACGACUUCAUUGACGACGAGGAUGAUGACAACGCCCCAAGGAAGAAGGGGAAGGCCAAGAAGGGGAAGGGGAAAGCGAAGGCCAAGAAACAGGCCAGGAUCAGUACUGCCCCUCCCUCGACGUCAACAUACCUGAAUGGCUCUGCGUUCGGCAGCGAUGUGAACCCGAAGGUCAUGCUCAUCUCGCUCAAGGCUGGUGCACUGGGCCUCAACCUGACGGUGGCGAACAACGUUUUCCUGUGGUGGCAAGAAGGCAUCGAAUCUCAAGCUAUAGACCGAUGCAAUCGGAUCGGCCAGACGAAGCCUGUGCAUGUUUACCAGCUAAUCGCUGAGAACACGGUCGAAUCAAAGGUCAUCGAGAUCCAAGAGAAGAAGAAAAAGCUCAUUGACCACGCGUUCUCCGGCAUCAAGAGCAACGAGACACAACGCAUGAAGAAGCAGGCGCGGCUGACUGAGCUCGUCGCUAUGUUCGGCAAUCGACGGGCUGCCCAGAAUGACAACAACGAAGCCGACGGCCGCCAAGGUACGCUGGAUGAGUGGCGCCAGUGA